GUCGCGUCCAGUCGCGUUUUCCGACCCAGACAACAGCUUUGCUUGACAUCUCCGAAUUAUCGAAUUUUUCAGUUACUGCCCAUUCUGUUCAUUAUUUUUUUGGAAUUGUCUUUUGAAACUUACAUUUUCUACGUUUUAUCCAUUCUCCUGUUCUACUGGUUUGAAAUUCUCGCCAUGCCGCAGCCACAGGAAGAAGACAUCCCGCAAGAACCUCCCCUCGAGACCGAUCUCUAUCAGGUUCUCGGUGUCCAAGAAAGUGCAACUCUUGAAGAGAUCAAAUCCGCAUACAAGAAACAAGCUCUGAGACACCAUCCCGACAAGGCUCCCGAAGGCUCCAAAGAUGAAGCAAACCACAGGUUCCAGCAGAUCGCAUUUGCGUACGCCAUUUUGUCCGACGAGCGACGACGACGACGAUUCGACCUGACGGGCAGCACGGCGGAAGCGGUUGACGAGGAUGACGAUUUCAACUGGAUGGAUUUCUACAGAGAGCAAUUCUCAAGCUCGGUGGAUACGAAUGCGCUCGAUGAAUUAAAGAAGGAAUAUCAGGGUUCCGAGGAGGAGCAGAACGACGUGCUUGCUGCGUUUGAGCAAGCCAGGGGCGAUUUGGAUCGGGUCUUUGAGUCGGUCAUGCUUUGCAGUGUGCUCGAUGAUGAUGAGAGAUUUCGGGGUAUUAUUGACAAGGCCAUUGCUGAUGGAAAGGUGGAAAACUACAAAAAAUACUCGGAGGAGCCAGCGAAGAAGCGCCAGCAGCGGAUGAAACGAGCGCAAAAGGAGGCGAAGGAAGCCGAAAAGUUGGCCAAGGAGAUUGAUGACAAGAAGGAAGCCAAGGGCAAAAAGCGAAAGACGAAGAAGGACGACGGACUAGGUGAUCUGGCAGCUUUGAUCAAACAGCGACAGGCUGAUCGAGUUGGGUCGUUCUUCGACAGAUUGGAAGACAAGUAUGCCCCAGGCAGCAAACGGGGAGCCGAGUUUGAUGGACCAUCAGAGGAAGCUUUCGCAGCGAACCGACGAACAUCUAAGAAGAAGAAGCAGGCAAAGUCAUGAAAACGGAGUCUUUGUUACUUUGCUAUUGUUAUCCUUGAGCCAGGAGUUUUGGGCAUUCGACGUACACCAACAUGUUUUGCAAUUAGGGACAAGCAUUGGAAAAGCGCAUACAUCAUGCUGCAUUAUUCUAUCCAGUAAUUUACUUAUUUUAUGCUAGAUAUCAAAUGACUUUGAAUGAACUGUGUUCUAUCCUGCCUUGCUUCAAUGGAGAUGAUCAGCACGGCAGCACCCCCUUU